GGCUCGGCAUGCCUCACAGGGGGUGGGCCUGGGGCUUGCCACUCGCUUAAGCGGGCCGUUUGGACGACUACUUACUUCAGCUACUCUGGAACUUGACCGAUUUGUGCGAGGUGGACCUCGUCCUCUCUCUACCUACGAACAUAUUUAUACAUGGCGAUGAAUCCACCUACCGUGCAAGAUGCCCGCCGCGGAGCCUUACGCCUUUCGUUGGUUUGAUAAGCUGUCGUCGCAGCGUCCCCCCUGAAGCUGAGGACAAUGGCCUCAAAAACACCCGAGGAAGUCACCUAUGAGCUCCUGGGGACUGGAGAGACGUCCAGGGAACCACCGGCCAAGGAGCCUAACCGAAGCAUUCGAAGCUUCAUAUGGCACAACCCCUUGAUCCCCAUUGUUUUCGCCAUCGGCACCGCUUUUGCCGUUGGUUGCUUUGCGUUUACACACUGGUUGGGCACGCAGAAAUUCGUCUGCCCAGACUGGGCGCUCGAUUGUUCAGUGUCUGAGUUCCUUGCCAAAGUUGUGGCACAUCUAGGCCAGGUGCAGGGUAUCAUCACCGCCGUCUACACCGCGUCGGUAGCCAUGAUGGCGUACGCGACCUUCCAAGUUGCCGAGACGACGCUGUGGCCCGCUCUGACGAAAAGGACCUUCUCGUUGUGCGACAUGGAUCAGUAUCUGGCCUUGACCCGGGGAUCACUGGCGGCGUCGCCGCGGGCCUUGUGGCAUGCUCGCGGAGCGCUCGGUCCUGCGGCAGUUCUGCUCACCGUUACGGUCAUUGCCCUGCUCCAGCUGGCCAGCUCCAUCUUUGUCGGGCAUGCUUACUCGACGACGAACGUUACCACGACUUACUACAGCAAUCAUUCGGAUGGCGGGGGCAUGGGCCUUCCCUUUGACGGGUUCCAGAUGAACCCACCUGGCAUGCUUCCCGGCGCAGUGGGGGACGCAGUUUCGAUUUAUACCUCCUGGGCCAACGGCCUCAGCAGCGAGCCCAUGCCCGACCAACGCAACUUCAUCAUCGACCGCGCCAAUCUGUCCGCUGUGGGAGCGUUCUCUGCGUACGCGAUCGAAUCACACACUACUAUCUCGUGCUCUGCCGUGCCCAUCAACAUCACCUCGGAGUACUCGGACAUAUUCACGGUCAAGGCGAACAUGUCUGCCACCGAUCUUUGGAUCCGCCAACAGCCGCAGCUGUCACUGUGGGUGGACCGGUGGAGGAAUCUCAGCGACACGAGGGCGGUCACGACGAUGAUGUUUGCCGCCAUCAACGGCACCAUCGAGGGCGGUCACAAGAACGGACCCACCGAGGUCAUGCUGGAACUGGGCUACAUCGAGGGUGUCUCGUCCCUGGCAUGCGACAUCGACGUGGAGCUCAAGGACAGCGUCGUCUGCACCUGGAAGGACCAGUCCAAGUGCCCGCCGCCGAGCAUGACGCUCUCGAAGCUGGAAACGCUCGGCCAGCCGUGCAGCGGCUGCAUCUCGGUCUGGCUGGCCGCCGCGGUGGAAGUUUACGGCGUGAGCAUCUACGGGACGCAGCCCAUGUUCUACCCGACCUUCACGGACCCGGGGGUGCUGGCGCCCGCGCAGCUCGGCAACCUGACGGCGACCUUGCCCGUGGCGUGGACCAGCGUGUCGACGAGUCCCACCUCGUACGCGUGGCCGCAGAAGGUGCUGCGCAACUUUGUCGAGGUCGGCUCCGGCGCCAUAGCCAUGACCAUCAUGCGCCACUUCCCCAACGAGAGUGGCAUUCUUGAGUCCCAGCUGCCCAUGCUGCGCCUGCAGGCGCGCCGCAGCUGGCUCCUGUUUCUGCCCCCGGCCCUGGUCCUGGUCAGCGUCCUGCUGGUCGCCGCGCUGAGCGGCGUCAUGCACGCCGACGCGAACCUGGCCCACGUCCGCCUCGGCACCACCAGCGAGAUCGUCCUCAACAGCCAGACCGAGGACAUCAAGUCCGUCGUCAACGACGCGAGGAAGUCCGCCACCACCAGAGACGCCUUGUCGAGGUUGCGCGUGCGCUACGGCAUCGUCGCUGAAGGAGGAGCUGGGCUGGCCCGCAGGGACCAUGUAACCUCUUUUCAAAAUCGGCUCGGCUCGGGCACGUCUUUCAAUGGUUCAUAGCCAAUAUGUAAUCUAAUCUGCUGAAAAGUCGUCAAUGAUAUACUUAUGUUAUGAAAUGCUGGUAUCUUUUUCCAUGUUGC